AUGAAGCCGCAGGUCCGCAUGCGCAUGAGUGGAGAGGUUCUGGAUGUUGGAACGAUGCCGCCGGGAAGUACCAUAAGUCAACUUCAAGAGCGCAUAUUUCUAAAGCUCCGCCAUGAGAGAGAGGUGGAUGUGUUGGAGACAAGCUCAGUUAACAUUUUGACGGAGUCUGGUUCGCAGCUUCUCGCAGCUCAAAGCAUCGAUUUCGGGCAGUCAUAUCUUAUUCAGCUGGAGACCCAGGACUGGCAAGACCAGCUGAAUUUGCUCUGUGAGCAGGACGACUCGCAGGAACUGCGUGAUCUGAAGGGUGCAUUGAUUGCUUUCUCUGCGUGCUUUGUCGAAGACUCACCUGAUGAGACGGUCGGCAGCACUGCGGAAUUUGGCGAUGCUGUGCGCAGCAUCUACAAGCUAGUGACACGAAGAGCAGGAGAGCCAGGAACACGCAGUGCCAAAGGUGCAGGUGAACGAGUUUCUAUUUUAUGCCGUGGCCUUUUCAAGUUGAUCGAAGGAACGCAGGAUGAAUGUUCCAGGACCGGACAGCUUUUGCUGGAGCGCAUCCAAGAAGAAUAUGGACACUUGCUCGAGGAGGACUAG